AUGCAAAUCCAGCCAGGUGAUCUAUGGAAGACCGGCCAUGCCCAUCCGACGGACCCGAGCGGCAGCCGCAUGCCUCUUCUGUCGGCAAAAGAAGCUCAAAUGCGAUGCCCAAAGGCCUACGUGCGACCAACGAAUCAUCGCAUUGCACAGCUAGAGCUGGAAAAUGCACGACUUCGACAAAGUCAAAACACUGACAGUGAAGAGUCGUUUCUGCCGCACGCGACUAGCUCGCUCAGCCCGAUCAGUCCCAGACAGGCUCGCGUGACUACUUCCACGCCUCAAGAUGACGAUUCCUUGAGAAGUAACUCUCAUCCAGAAGUUCCUGACGGCGACAAUAGUAAUCGAAGAGCUGCUUCGUUGUAUCAUGGGCCGACGAGUACUGCUUAUGACGAUACCGCGCGCUCCGGAAAUGGAAUCGGAAAUGAUGAAAUGCCACAUGAUCCUGCCAGCGAGGAGUGGGCGAGAAACGUUUUAUUUGUUCAAACUGCCAGGCAACGACAACUAGAGCCGCUCAAUCUGGCAGCCAGAAGACUCGAUUUUGACGGCCUUGAUCCCGAAAUCGGCAUGCAUCUCCUAUCGAUCUACUGGAGUCGACAACUCUACACCGCACAGAUUAUUUACCGACCGGUCUUCAUGCGUGACAUGGCCUGUGCCGGUCCAUAUUUCUCCAAGCUUCUGCUCAACGCGAUUCUAUUCACAGUAUCUAAACAUUGUUCGCGGAGUGAAAUUCGGUCAAACCCGGAUGAUAUCACGACAGCAGGAUGGAGGUUCCGACAACGGUUCACAGAGCUAUUACGCGAGAGCUUCGAUAAAAGCAAGAUCACGACCAUCCAGGCCUUGCUCAUCAUGUCGAAUUCAUUGUUUUCACGCUGCGACGAGCGAAGUCUGUCGUGGCUGUAUGCAGGCAAUGCAUUUAACAUGAUUAUUGAUUUGGGGCUGCAUGUUGCUUCGUCGGAUGAUACCAUGAACGCCGAGGAACUUGAAAUUCGUAAGCGCGUUUUAUGGGGUGCAUACUCGAUUGACAAAAUUCAAUGUCUUUUCCAGGGGAGGCCACCACUUUUGCGCCAUACCAAUAUUAAGGCACUGUUGAAAUUUCUGGAUGAGUACGAUGAAAUGGACACAUUCCAGGCCAUUACCUAUAAGCAGCCAGGCUCUGUUGGGCCUGCUGUACCGUCAUUAAAUGUCUCCCUGCUCACUAAACUCUGCGAACUGUCCGUCAUCAUCGACCGCAUCAUGUGCGAGCUCUACUCGGAAUCAGCACAAGCAGCUCGCGGCCAAAGUGAGGAUAUCUCUGAAAACAUAAAUUUAGAGCUUUGUCGGUGGCGGCAAAGUCUUCCACCAGAGCUGGACUACCUUUCAUACCCCUCUCGAGCCGUGCUUCUCCCCCAGGCAUUCUGUCUCCUCGCCCUUUUCAACGUUCUCAUAAUCCUCUCCAAACGCCCCCUCUUCACCGGAAAGGACGAACGCCCAAAUAACCCUGGCGCAGCCUUCGAAUCAAUAAACACCUGCACAACAGCCGCAAACCAAAUAGUCCAAAUCCUGCGCGACUACUCCCAGCACUUCGCAAUACGCACAGCACCCUACAUGUUGUCAUAUGCAACCUACAUAAGCGCAACGAUCCACGCCCGCAUCGUGGCGCAGAAAGGGCGGACGUCAAGCUCGUUCCAAUCUCUCGUUCUCUGCCGUAAUGUCAUUCAGGAACACCAACCCUUGUAUGGAGCCGCGGGUAAGGCGAAGGGUAGUUUGGACAGGCUUUGCGAUCACCUUGGUGUUAAUGUAGGAGAUGAGUCUGGCCGGAUUGAUACGACGAACAGCGUUCUUAGAGAACCGCUGGUGGUUAGUGGGCCUGUGCCGCCCUUGGUGACGUCUAAUGUGCCGCAGCAGACGCUGGAUCUGAGCUCGCAGUUGAAUUGGGAGUUGUCGGAUUUGGAUCUUGAGGCUAUUGCCCAGGGAUUCCGGUUUGAUGGGGAUUUGGAUUAUCUUAUGAACCCGGUGGGGAUGUGA